CUCGUAGACAUAACCGCGUGAAACGAAUCAAAAGAUUCCAAUUUCAAAAUAAUGAAAAUACUUAUUAUGAAAACUGUAUUAUUCUAUUUUUCGACUUUAUUAAUUAGUGUACAUACUCAGGAUGGGUGGGCGUUUGUCGGUAAUCCGCUUUUACACGCAUACCCGUGUAAUAAUGAGACGGAUAUAACCGUGUCAUUUGAACCGGGUAGACCUCCGGGUGAAGAGAACCAAUACAAUGUAUUCAUUAGAAAAAGUGUACCAAGAUAUACCAAAAUUAAAUUGAAAUUCGACACAGAAGCUGUUGUCACACUUUAUGACUCGGCGAAAGCUAGAAUAUCUGUUCACAAUGAUAACGUAUUUAUUAUUAAUUUCUUCGAUAAUGCAGAAUCAGUUGGAUUCAUAGUGAAAGGUCCAGUAACAGGAACUGUACCGUACUUUGAGAGCUUAAAUAUUAACACAGUUGAAUAUUGUAAAUCGCCAAAUAAGGGUUACUUAGAUAAUCUAAUUCUGGGUACAAAACUAUCCGCAGAAAGUCACUUGAAAGUACCCGAUGGAUCGUGUGGUCGUAGAAAAGUUGAACAUACAGAACUGAUUGUAAAUGGAGCGGAUACGAAGCCAGGAGACUGGCCGUGGCAUGCUGCGUUAUACAGAAUUAAAAGAAACAUUAUAAAAUACAUAUGCGGUGGAACUCUUUUGUCAAAAACCUUCGUGCUAACAGCUGCGCAUUGCACAACUGUUAGAGGUCAACCGGUCGUACCGGAGACUCUAAACGUUGUUCUAGGAAAAUAUAAUAUCGCCGGUGGAGACUUGGAAGCUCAGGAGAAAACGGUCCAAGAAAUAAUAGUUCACGAUAAUUUCGUUGCUAAACAAUUGGACAAUGACAUAGCUUUAUUAAAGCUAAACUCUGAAGUAUUAUAUGGUGACUAUGUACAACCAGCUUGUCUAUGGUUCCCCACAGCAGUUGACAAGCUCCCCAAUAGAGAAAAAAUCGUAGGGACAGUGAUAGGAUGGGGAUUCGAUCAAAAUAAUGCACUAUCAAGUCAACUGCGACAAGCGACGAUGCCUCAAAUAUCUGAAUCUGAUUGUAUCAAGAAAAAUCCACUUUUCUAUUCGAGACUUUUGAAUAAUAAAAAGUUCUGCGCCGGUCUUAAUAAUGGAACAUCAGCAUGUAAUGGCGACAGCGGAGGUGGUUUCCACGUGUUUGUACCCGACGAGACUGGCAAUGAUUUUGCCAACGCUACCGGUGCCUGGUAUGUCUAUGGCAUUGUGUCUUUAAGCGUCUCCAGAAGAGAUAUUCCCGUGUGUGAUCCCAACCAAUACGUAGUGUUCACCAAGAUCGUGGAAUAUAGAGGUUGGAUUCAAAAAUAUGUCAAAUAAAUUAAUUAAUUGUCAGUUAAAUUGCAAUUUUGAA